AUGAAGACCAUCUAUCCGCACAUCCAGCAACGCUUAAUAUCCGAAAUCUUCACCCUCGUAUCAAACCGUCCCGUCGGCUCCUGCAACUUCCUCCCGCUCCCCCCUCUCCUCGCCGCAUCCGGCACCUCCCAAACCUCGUCCGAGGAGCAGAACGAUGUCCCCUCCCUCGUGACCUACCGAAACUACGCAACCCUCUUCUUCAUCAUAAUAUCGACGUCAACCGAGUCCCCGCUAGCGCUCAUCGACCUCAUACAAGUCUACGUCGAGGCCCUCGACCGACUCUUCGAGAACGUGUGCGAGCUCGACCUCAUCUUUAACUUCGAGACCCUUCAUUCGACGCUAAGCGAGAUGAUAGUGGGCGGUGUAGUGGUAGAGACGAAUCUGGAUCGCAUCGUCGCCGGUGUAAGGGCGCAAGGUACCGUCGCUAAGAGGCCGGUCAACGAGAGCCGGAGUACGGGUUUAGGUGCUGGGUUGGGCAUGGGUGGCAACUUCAGCUGGGCUACAAGGUAG